UCUCCUCUACCUGGCCAGAUUUGUUCCUUUUUUCAACAAUAUAAACCUUGCAUCACCUACAAAAAUGUCGCCAAUCUACUUCUUCGAUAUCAUCAUCAGUCCAGCUUCUGGACGUCCUACCUUCCCACCUUAACAAUGGCUGCCAAGCUCGUCCGCUCGUCAUCGAGCCUCCUCCUCCUCCUCGCCGUGGCGUUGUGGACGUCGUCCUGCCUGCUGCUUAUUCUGCCAGCGGCCAUGGCCGAUCACACCGUGCCGCAGCCGGCGUCGUCGUCGUCGGCGCAGCCGAGCAUACCUGCCACAGAACCGACGACUACCGGCACGCUACCAACUGCACCAUCGACGUCGUCGUCAUCCGCCACGGCGGAGCCGGCAGGUAUCCCACCAGCGACACCAGCAGCAGCGGCGGCGGCGGCGUCUGAACCCGCAACAACCGGCGCGGCAGCCACCACCACGGCUCCAAAGAAGUUCCCGCUGCCAGGCGCAGGCGCGGGCGCCGGCGGCGAGCCGUACCUGCCGACACCGCAGGGUGGCGGGGAGCCGGGCCUGCCGACACCCCACGGCGGCGGGGAGCCGUACCUGCCCGCAGCGGAGGUGGCGGGAGCACUGCCGGUGCCGACGCCCGACGAGCUGCCCAGCGGUGCCAGCCUCGGGUUCGGCAGCAACGGAGGCCUCGGCUACGGUGGCCCCGGCGACGAGUGCUGCGGCGGCGGAGGAUAUGGCUGGUUCGGCGGGCCUGGUGGAUUUGGACCUGGAACCUACGGAUACAGUGGGCCCCUCUACUGGGGAGCGGCGCCGGCGGCGGUAGGGCUUGGGCGCGUCACCAACGUCGUGCUGCCUCUCGUGGUGGCUUAUGUUUCUGCAGCCAUUUUCGCUUAGCUUUCAAGUACUAUUUUCAGUUUUACUACUACUGUAGCUACGUAGUAAAUUACUGAUAUGCUGCAUGGUUUCUCACGGAAAUUAAAGUUUGUAUAUGUAUAUGUGCCGAUUAGUAUUAUAUUAUACUAGCCGUGCGAAAUAAAUUUGAACAACAUGAGUAUUUUGAAGAA